AUGGCUUCAAACGGCGGCAAUGGCAUUCCUCCGGCCGAAUCGGCAACGGUCAAUACGAGUAUUGUUACUUUGACUCGAUUCCUGACGGAAGAGCAAGCAAAGUUCAAGGAAGCAACUGGAGACUUCACUCUCCUCUGCCACGCGCUCCAAUUCUCCUUCAAAGCCAUCUCAUACUACAUUCGCCGAGCCACAUUAGUAAACCUGACGGGUUUAGCUGGCACAUCAAACACAACCGGCGAUGACCAGAAGAAGCUCGACGUGAUCGGCAAUGACAUCUUCGUGGAGGCCAUGCGAUCGUCAGGCAAGUGCGCGUUGGUCGUGUCCGAGGAAGAGGAGGAAGUGAUAUUCUUCAAGGACAAGACGAACGCACGGUAUGCGGUGGCAUGUGACCCUAUUGACGGUAGCUCCAACUUGGAUGCCGGUGUGUCGGUGGGAACCAUCUUCGGUAUCCACAAACUCGCCGAGGGCUCCACAGGCACGAAAGAGGACAUACUGAAGCCGGGAAGCGAACUAUUGGCUGCCGGCUUCACCAUGUACGGUGCGUCUGCGCAAUUGGUUAUCACGAUGAAGGGUGGCACCGUCAAUGGCUUCACCCUGGACAAUUCGUUUGGCGAGUUCAUCCUGACCCACCCCAACAUGAAGAUCCCCAAGAGCCGGGCAAUCUACUCGGUCAACGAGGGUAACUCGCUAUACUGGGAGGAGACGACCAAGGACUAUUUCAACUCGUUGAAGUUUGCGCAAGAAGAUGGCAAGCCCUACAGCUCCAGAUACAUCGGGUCCAUGGUUGCUGAUGCGUAUCGAACCCUAUUGUAUGGUGGAAUCUUCGCCUACCCGGCGGAUAAGAAGAGUCCUAAGGGAAAGUUGCGAAUCUUAUACGAGUGUGCGCCAAUGGCUAUGGUCUUUGAAAAUGCUGGGGGUCAAGCGGUUGACAGUAAAAUGAACCGCAUGAUGGAAGUUGUGCCGGAACACAUCCACGACCGCGCUGGAAUCUUCAUGGGCAGCCAUGACGAGGUCGAGAAGGUGAAGAAAUUCUACAAACAGUAA